AUGGAAUCAAUGUUAGGGUUUAACGAGAACUUGCAGGACGACGUCGUAGAAGACAAGAAGCUGGUCCCAUGGAUGAGCUGGGACGAGUGGAAGUUCGUCAGGGGUUCCCUUUUCUCUUCAUCCCCUAAUGCCGUCGCCUCUGCCCUCAAACGAAUAUCCACGUGGCGCAGCAGAGGAUGCAUUCCUGUGGCCGUUGAAGUAACUGCGUCCAUUAUUGAGAUUCAGCAGCAAGAUCCUUACUUCAUGAAUGAAUUGAAUGAUGGCUGUUCACAAUCAGAGGAAAUGCUCUCCAUGCUUGUAAAUGGCAUGGUGGAGAAAACUCGGAAAAAGAAUGAAAUUUCAAUUGGGGAAGCAGCUGAUGCCUUCGGUAUUCCAAGAAUAGUUAUUGACGUUCGUCAU